AUGUCCCUAAAACCAUUAACUCCAGUGAACUGUGCCAGCCUUCUACAGCCUGGGUGCUCUUUGCUACAGCUGGAUGGUGAGGCUCUUCUGUUUGGCCAGAAAGGCUGGCCCAAGCGUUUCUGCCCAACUGGAAUAUUUGGAGUCCGACUAAAAGAUGGGGAGCUUAAGUUGAGGCCAAUAUCUUUCUCUAAUGACUCCUGCUACCUUCCUCCAUUGCGUUGUCCUGCUGUUGCCCGCCUCGACCCCUAUGAUGGCUUUCCAGAGAGCUAUCUCAUCCAUGGCGGCCGAACCCCUAAUAAUGAGAUCUCAGCUAGCCUCUAUCUUCUGACCUUGGAUAGCCGUGGCUGCAACCGCAAGUUGACCUUGCGCUGCCAGGAAAAAGAGCUAGGGGGAGAAUUACCCGGGGCCCGAUACGGUCACACUGUCAGUAUGAUCCAAAGCCGGGGAAAGGAAGCCUGUGUGCUAUUUGGGGGGAGGUCCUACAUGCCUGCUGGAGAGCGGACCACCGAGAGCUGGAACAGUGUUGUUGACUGUCCCCCACAGGUGUUCCUUAUUGACCUGGAGUAUGAAUGUUGCUCUGCUCACAAAUUACCAGAGCUUAGUGAUGGACAGUCUUUUCAUGUGGCUCUUGCGAGAGAGGAUUGUGUCUACUUCCUUGGUGGUCAUUCACUUUCCUCAGACUCCCGCCCACCUCGACUUUUCUGCUUACAUGUUGAGCUUUUACAGGGCAGUCCCAUGCUCUCCUGCGAAUCCCUUUGUAUUGGUAUGUCCAUCUCCAGUGCAAUCACGCUCCGCACGGGUCCUUCUCACAAAUACAUUAUUUUGGGAGGGUAUCAGGCAGACUCUCAGAAGAGGAUUGAAUGCAGUACAGUGGUCCUGGGUGAUAGCGGAAUCCAUAUUGAGUCCUUAGAACCACCGAGCUGGACUGCAGAUAUCACUCACAGUCGCACGUGGUUUGGUGGGAGCUUGGGGGAAGGAAGUGCCUUGAUAGCAAUUCCAUCUGAAAGAAGGUCAGCCCAGUCAGAAGAACAUUAUUUCUUCCAGGUUUGUUUUGAGAGGCAGGGGGGAGGUGAGGGGGAAGAGGCAACCCUGGGCUGUAGCCAAGAAUCCACAGACUAUGAGGAUUCUACUCCACUUGAGGACUCUGAGGAACUGUACUUUGGCCGUGAGCCCCAUGAGUUACAAGACAGCAGUGGUGGGGAAGAGGAUACUUAUCAUGAGGAAGAUGAGGAGGAUGAGUCCCAAACAGGCUAUUGGAUCAAAUGUUGCCUUGGAUGCCAGGUAGACCCCAACACUUGGGAGCCUUACUACUCCACCGAGCUCCACCGGCCAGCCAUGAUCUUCUGCUCUAGAGGGGAGGAAGGCCACUGGGUCCAUGCCCAGUGCAUGGAACUGUCUGAGAUCCUACUGCUGAGGCUGUCUGAGGACAACAGCAAGUACUUCUGUCCGGACCAUGGAGGUCUUCCCCAUCAGGAAAUGACUCCACCUCGACAUGCGCUGCCCCUAAAACGCAAGCCCAUGAAAAUGCAACGUAAGAAGACACCUCCUUCAAUGAGGAUGAACCCAGCCAAAAAAAGUGUCUUUAGAAGGUUGUUUAGGUGA